AUGGAUAACUCCGGUAAAGAGAAAGAGGCCAUGCAGCUGAUGGCUGAGGCUGACAAGAAGGUGAAGGCGUCCGGCUCCUUUCUCGGAGGGAUGUUCGGGGGGAACCACAAGGUGGAGGAUGCAUGUGAGAUGUACGCCCGAGCUGCCAACAUGUUCAAGAUGGCCAAGAACUGGAGUGCGGCAGGAAAUGCCUUCUGUCAAGCUGCUCGACUACACAUGCAGCUGCAGAACAAACUGGACUCUGCCACCAGCUUUGUGGAUGCAGGGAAUGCCUACAAGAAGGCUGACCCUCAGGAGGCUAUCAACUGUCUGAACCAGGCCAUUGACAUCUACACGGACAUGGGAAGGUUCACCAUCGCAGCCAAACAUCACAUCACCAUUGCAGAGAUUUAUGAGUCAGAGUUGGUAGAUAUUGAAAAGGCCAUUGCCCACUAUGAACAGGCAGCAGACUAUUACAAGGGCGAGGAAUCUAACAGUUCUGCCAACAAGUGUCUGCUGAAGGUGGGCCACUACAGUGCCCAGCUGGAACAGUACCAGAAGGCCAUUGAAAUCUAUGAACAGGUGGCCAUGAGCACUAUGGACAACCCAUUGCUUAAGUAUAAUGCGAAAGAGUACUUCUUCAAGGCAUCUCUGUGUCAUUUCAUUGUGGAUGAGCUUAAUGCUAAGCUGGCAAUUGAGAAGUAUGAGGAAAUGUUCCCAGCAUUCACAGACUCCAGAGAGCUCAAACUCUUAAAGAAAUUGCUGGAGGCUCACGAGGAGCAGAACAGCGAGGCUUUCACAGAAGCAGUUAAAGAGUUUGACUCAGUUUCUCGUCUGGACCAGUGGCUCACCACAAUGCUGCUGCGAAUCAAAAAGACCAUCCAGGGUGACGCUGGUGACCUCAAAUAAACAAGCAUCAUGUACCCAAGUUUAUGUGGGAAGGGGGCAUCUACAGCUGUACAUAUCAGUGCAUGUCAACCCAGUGAGUCACAUCACAUCAUCCGCCCCAGUCCUCCAACUCAACAGUAUUGCUCUAAAGACUGGACAGCUUGGACUGUCAGUGCGUUUGUGUCAGAUAAAUACUUGAUGGUAAAAUGUAUAUGAUCUAUUUCUGGACAUAUUUGUGUUAUUGAAAAUACUUUAUGAAAUUGUUAUUUAGUGUAAGAAAUAUAUUAUAUAGUAUUCUUUUUUGUUUAUUCUGGUGCUGAAUAUUAGAAGUUGUGAGCCCUCUUUUUCAUGUCUUCCUUACAAAGAAACCCCUCU